AUGGCAACUCUCGAAAACAAAUCGAUAAUCUACAGGGAAAUCCCCGACGGUCUUCCCACGUCCACCCAUCUCUCCCUCGAGUCGUCGACGAUCCCCGCCUCCGCCCCCGCCGGCGGUCUACUCCUGCAAACCCUGUACCUCUCGCUGGACCCCUACCUGCGCGGCCGCAUGCGCGACCCGGAGACCAAGACGUACUCGGAAGCCUACGUGCUCGGUGAACCGCUCUCGAACUUUGGCAUCUCGCGCGUGCUCGACGUGUCGUCCACCGGCGCCGCAGCAGCCAGCGGGCUCAAGAAAGGCGAUCUCGUCGGCUCGCCGUUCGCAAAGACGCAGUUUAGGCUUUACCAGCCCGUUCCUGAGGAACAAGUCGCGCACUACGCAAAGAUCGAGGAGAAAGCGGGCGUGCCGCUCACGUACUUCCUCGGCAUUCUCGGCAUGCCGGGAAUGACCGCCUACCACGGCCUCGUGAACGUCGGCGGCCCGCUCAAGGCCGGCGAGACCUUGCUUGUUUCUGCGGCUUCCGGCGCGGUCGGGCAGAUCGUGGGCCAGCUGGGCAAGCAGUUUGGCAUGCGCGUCGUGGGCUCGGUGGGCUCGGACGAGAAAGUAAAGUACGUGACCGAAGAGCUCGGGUUCGACGCGGCGUGGAACUACAACGCCGAGAAAGACCCCUACGCGGCGAUCGACAAGUACAUCCCCGAGGGCAUCGACGUUUACUUUGACAACGUCGGCGGGCCGCUCGCGGACGCGGUGUUUCUCAAGGCGAAGGUGAACGGCCGGAUCGUGGUCUGCGGCACGAUAUCGCAGUACAACACGCCGCGCGAGCAGCAGUACGGGAUGAAGAACUACAUGGAGGUCUUCCAGCGCCGGUUGACGAUCAAGGGAUUCAUCAUCCUCGACACGAUGAUCAACGAGCCGGGCACGAUCCAGAGUAUUGUCGGGAGUGUGGCGGGGAUGGUGGGAGAGGGGAAGAUCAAGUUUAAGGAGGACGUGGUUGAGGGGAUUGAGAACACGGUGAGCGCGUUCCAGGGUUUGUUGACGGGAAAGAAUAACGGCAAGCUGGUGCUCAAGUAUUCUGAUUAG